AUCGAUCCAUCCCAAGCACCAAAUACUUACUUUUUAUUCCCAUCCAAGCAAGCAACAUAAAUUUUCCCCAGAAAAUGGCCUUGAUCCUUUUCCUCGCCUUUUCUAUCUUCCUCCAAGGAGCUCUUGGUGAUAUUGUAUGCGAGGAGCUGCCGGCCGGAAUCUGCUCGUUCUCGAUCUCUACGUCUGGGAAGCGAUGCUCGCUGGAGACUUAUAAUUCAAUUGAAGCAAGUGUCGUCGAAUACCAGUGCAAGACAUCUGCGGUCGCCGCGAAGAGCAUGCCGCCGGAAUGGAUUGAGAACGACGAGUGUGUGAAUGCGUGUGGAGUCGACAGAUUCUCCGUCGGGAUCUCGUCGGACUCUCUCCUCGAGCCCGGCUUCGUCGCCAAGCUUUGCGCGCCGGCGUGUUACCAGAACUGCCCCAACAUUGUCGAUCUCUACUUCAACUUGGCUCUCGCGGAAGGAGUGUUCUUGCCAAGCUUAUGCAAGGCUCAAGAAACCAAUCCGCGCCGCGCAAUGGGCCAGCUUCUGAGUUCUGGUGCGGCUUCUGGGCCGCUUUCGGCUGCAGCUGCUUCCGGUCCGGUCUCAGCUAUGGCUUCUGCCCCGGCGCCUAGUUAAUCAACCGAAUCCCUUGCCUGUGCCCCUACCUACGUCUCUAUUUAAUCCACUUA